AUGAGUGCUAGAGGAUCCAAGAUUGUUGAGCUAUCUGGUGACAUCGACUUCAUCAAGACUCCCGCAGCUAAACCUUCGGAAUUUGAAACCGGCGAGGACUGUGGAAUCGCGUUGACCACUUUACCAGCUAUUCACAAUGCCCCGUUACCAGCCGACGGUGCUGGAAACGAGGGGUUUUCUAACCUCCUAUUAGCGGGUGCCCUCACCGGUGUCCCCGGGCUCCUCACCUUCCUACUCGGCGGGGGAAUAAAAAUAUUCAUAUUCCUUGCCCUACUCUCGGCCCUUCCUGUCUUGGUAGCCUUCUGGACCUGGACUUCGACCUGCAGCCCACGUACGAACAAGAAAGUCAAACUACCCGGCAGACCAAUUGAAUAUUAUGUGACCUUCAAGCGCGAAGAGGACCAGUUCAAAUGGCAAGGUAAAAACAAGAUCCCAAUGCAGACCUUCGCUGAAAUGUACUUGGACGGCUUGGUGGAUUUUAAUGGUGACGCCCUCGACGUCAUGGAAUAUCGGCACGAUUGGGCAAAGUUCACCUUUACCUGGCAACUGUUCAAGUUCAUCAUCUUCACUUUCUUCACCGAUGUCAUCUUCCACACAAAAUCUCAGGAUGAAGAGCAGAUCCGGCCCAACUACGACCGCGGCAACGACCAUUACGCCUGGUUCCUCGGCCCUCGUAUGAUCUAUACCUCGGGAAUCAUCUCGGACCCAGAGCGAGAAGAAAGCCUGGAGGAGAUGCAAGAUAACAAAAUGGCAGUCGUGUGCGAGAAGAUCGGCCUUAAAGAAGGCGAGACGAUGCUGGACAUUGGCUGCGGCUGGGGAACGUUGGCCAAAUUUGCCAGUCUGAACUAUGGCGCUAAAGUGACCGGACUUACUAUUGCGGAAAACCAAACCGCUUGGGGGAAUGACGCUCUCCGGAAGGCCGGGAUCACCGAACAACAAAGCCGGAUCCUCUGUAUGGACUACCGCGAUAUUCCCCGAACGCAGUAUGACAAAAUUACACAGCUGGAAAUGGGCGAGCACGUCGGUAUCCGGAGACUUACCGGAUUUUUCCGCCAGUGCUAUGAUAUGCUAAGGGACGAUGGAACCAUGUUCGUUCAGCUUUCUGGCCUGAGACAGGCGUGGCAGUACGAGGAUUUCAUCUGGGGGCUGUACUUGAAUAAGUACAUUUUUCGUGGCGCAGAUGCUUCAACUCCUCUGUGGUAUUACAUCAAGUGCUUGGAACAAGCUGGAUUUGAAGUCAAGGGAAUCGAUACUAUCGGUGUCCACUAUUCUGGGACGCUUUGGAGAUGGUAUCGUAACUGGACCGGAAAUUUUGAAGCAAUCACGGGCAAAUACGGACCAAGAUGGUACCGGAUUUGGGAACUCUUUCUCGCUUGGUCCGUCAUCGCCUCUCGCCAGGGCUCCGCCACCUGUUACCAGAUGGUUGUUGUUAAGAAUCUAAACUCAAUGCAUCGCAUCAACGGAAUUCCAGCGCAGUUUGGCCUGGCCGGUGCGCUUGCCUCCAGCAAGAGAAAGGGCAAGUCACAGCUGCCUUAG